GAGGCAUUGGACAAGUGUCAGGUCGCGGUGAGUUCCCUCAAGAAAAGUUGUCAAAGAGUCCAUGCCAUCCUACAUCGGUCUUGGCAGUAAAUGACUGACCAAAACCGAUAUGACAUCUGGGUGUUGGCGAUCAGACUCCAAACUUAAGCUCGGUGCAGGACUCCGCCUUCCCCUCACCCUCGCCGACGCAUCGGGUCCGUCUCGGUGAUGUAGCCCCGGACGGUGAUGUCACCAUGUCCACGCCCACUCAGAGCACUGAGGAGAUCCGGUGCUGGCUCUCCAGCAUCCACCUGUCCCAGUAUACCGGCUGCUUCGAGCAGGCUGGCUACCGGCGUCUGGAGGACUGCGGCGACCUGACCAACGACAAGCUGCUGGCCAUGCGGGUCUUCCCCACGGGCCACCGGAGGCGGAUCCUCGUCAGCCUGGAGUCGCCCAGCGGGCGGGCCACGCCGGAGAGGGGCCCCGGCGAGAGGGAGAGGGUCAAACCCGUCCCCAAACCCAGACGCGUCUUCCUGAGGGACAGGAAGAAGGCUUCUUCGUGCCAGCACCAGCAGAGAUACGUGGAGCCGGAGAGCUCCCAGGGAAGGCAGACGCUCCCCGCUGGGGUGGGGCUGGGAGGCAUGGCCGCAGAGGGCUCCGCCCACCGGCCCACCCCCGCGAGGAUGACGCCCUCCACCUCCGGCAGCUCAGACUCCCUGUGUGUCUCCUCCCACUCUGACCGGGAGACCUCCUCCGAGGAGCACGCCCCUUCACCUCCUACGGGUUUCCAGGGCGAGAUGGUUGUCAACGAAAUCUACAAUGAGGGCUGGGACGCCAACUGCGCCCCCAAACCCCGCCCCCGCCCCACGCGCUCCUACAAACUGCGGCACCGGCCAGUGCCAGACAUUCCCGAUCAGACCCUCCCCACCCCUGUGGAUUGGAACAUUCCACAGGAAAACAGCUCUCAGAGCAUCUCCUCCACAGAGCCCCCCCCGGCCUUAAACGCUCGGCAAAAAGCUCCACUGGUGAGAACUCUAUCUCCCAUCUGUCCAUACGGAGAAACGUUUCUGUAUAACAACCCUGACAACAUACUGGAUCUCGGCACAAAAGAAUUGCUCAAAAAAGAAAUCACGGAGAAGAUCAAACACAAAAAAAUCCGGAAGAAGCAGGCCAAGACCAAGGGCCCCGCAGGUGAGGGCGGGACUCAGAGGACGGACUCUGGCCCUGGAGGGAGGGAGGUCCAUGAAGAUGAGUACUCCACGGUGGAGGAGUGCAAUGCCUCUCUCAAAAGAAGCAGGGAGGGGCUGCCAGACGCCCUCUGCGACUCUCCGCCGACGCCUGAGCUCUAUUCGCUGGUCCGGAGGGCCACGCCCGCCCAGCCUGACCACGCCAUCUCCCCCUACGCCUGCUUCUACGGCCCCACCAAGACAGUCCUGAAAAUGGGGUGGCUGGACAAGCUGUCCCCUCAAGGAAACUAUGUCUAUCAGAAGAGAUGGGUCAAGUUUGAUGGAGAAAAGCUCACCUAUUACAAUAAUGAUAAGGAGAUGUACUCCAAAGGACUCAUUCCCACCUCAGCGAUGACUCGGGUUCGAGGUUUGGGGGAUAACAAGUUUGAAGUCGUUACCUCCCAGAGGACCUUUGUUUUCCGGGCUGAAAGGGGAGGAGACAAGUACGACUGGAUCAAUGCUCUUCAGAUAGCUAUGAGAACGCGCUCCCCCACCUCGCCGAAGCCCUCCAAGUGCAGCUUAAACAAGUGUGGCUACAUGGAACUCCGGGGGUGCAAAGGAAGAGUGUUUGUCUCCCUAAUGGGACACACAGUUAGGCUUUGUAAAACAGAGCAGGAUUUUAAAGCUGGGCUCGCCAUCACUGUCAUCGAUCUGACCGCCGCCCACGUCAAGGACGUGGAGCGGAAGUGCUUCGAGGUAAACACGCCCUUCAAGACCUUCAGCUUCACAGCAGAAUCGGAAAGGGAGAAGGAGGAGUGGAUUGAAGCAGUCCAGGAAUCAAUAGCCGAAACGCUCUCAGAUUACGAAGUGGCCGAGAAGAUCUGGUUCAGCGAAUCCAAUCGGAUCUGCGCGGAUUGCGGGGCGCCGCGACCCGAAUGGGCUUCCAUCAAUCUGGGGGUCGUCAUCUGUAAGAAGUGUGCAGGUCAGCACCGCUCUUUUGGACCCAGCAUUUCACAAGUGAGGAGCCUGAAGUUAGACAGCAGUGUGUGGAGUAAUGAGCUGGUGGAGCUCUUCCUGGAUGUCGGCAAUAAAAAUGCAAACAGCUUCUGGGCAGCCAGCCUCCCGCCAGAGGAGGCGCUACACCCAGAAGCGUCACCCGAACAGCGGGCCUCGUUGCUCCGCAGGAAGUACAAGGAGCGGAAGUACACGCAGGCACUGACUGGCUUCACUAGCCAGGAACAGCUGAACAAGGCACUCUGUGCAGCAGUGGUGCAGUCUGACGUCCUGAAGACCAUGUCUCUGGUGUUCAGUGGUGCAGACGUCAUGUGUGCCACAGGAGACCCCACCUUCUGCACCCCGUACCUGCUGGCUCAGAGGGCGGGCCAGCGCCUCCAGAUGGAGUUCCUCUACCACAACAAGCUGUCAGACUUCCCUAAACUGGACCCUGUGUAUGAGAAGAGGUUCCCUCGGGACGCCUCUCUCUUUCUGCAUGGUUUCCUCUACAAAUCCGUCAAUGCCGCCAAGUCCUUGUCAGAGAGGCGGGGCAAAGAUGAGAUGACGCGGGUGUGGUGCACUCUGGAGGGAGGCUUCAUCAGUUACUACGAGAGAGAGAAGAUGGCCACGCCCACCGGCAGGCUGGACAUCAGCGAAGUGGUGACUCUGGCCGUGAGCAGGACCGAGACCAUGACGGAAAACGGGGCCGUGUUCACCUUCGAGACGUAUCUCCUGUCAGAACGCACCUUCCUGUUCGGGGCAGAGACGCAAGAAUCACACACAGCCUGGGCACAGGCCAUAGCAAAGUGUUUCAUUCCGCCCACAGCAGUGCACAUGCUCAGCAGAGAUUAUGAUUUGAUUGGACGGCUCUACUAUAAAGAAGGUCAUGACCUCUACCAUUGGAAGUUGGGUUGGUUUCUUCUGGAAAAAUCCAGCCUGUUCUUCUGCUCCGGAGCAGAGAGUGAAGGGGAGAGCCGACUGCAGCUGAAACGACUUCAGGAGCUUACGGUGUCCACACACACAGACGGAGAGGAGGUUCUGCUGAUGGUGGAGAGUGGCAGGACGGUGUACAUCCGUGGCUUCACCAGGCUGGACUUUGCUCUGUGGCACUCGGCGAUCCGCCAGGCUGCAGGAACAGAGAGCAGAGCUCUGAGCAGCCAGCAGCUCAGCAAAAACAAUGUCCCCAUCAUCGUGGACAGCUGCAUCGCCUUCGCCACCCAGUACGGUCUGUGCCAUGAAGGAAUUUACCAGAAGAACGGGCACCCUCAGCGUGUGGCUCAGCUCCUGGAGAGCUUCCGGAAGGACGCGCGAAACGUCAAGCUGAGGGCAGGGGAGCACCAGCUGGAGGACGUUUCCGACGUGCUCAAGAGCUUCCUGUCCCAGACGGAGGAUGCCCUGCUCACAAAAGAGCUGUACCCCUUCUGGGUCUCUGUGUUAGACCUGGAGGAUGAAAAGGCCAGAGUGGGGAAGUACAGAACCUUCAUUCAGAGCUUACCUCAGAUCAACAGAACCACCCUGUCCGCCCUCCUGCAGCACCUUUACAGGAUACAGAAGUGCUCCGGUAUGAACCAGAUGCCGACCUCCAGCCUGGCCUCCGUCUUCUCUUCCUGUCUGUUCCAGACCGAGGGUCAGACCAGGCAGGAGAUCUGCGUGGUUGAGGACCUCAUCAACAACUACGUGGAGCUGUUCGAUGUCCAUGAAGACCAAGUCAAGCAGAUGGAAACGGAGAACAGUUUUAUCACCAAAUGGAAAGACACAAUGUUUUCUCCGGCAGGGGAUCUGAUCUUUGAGGUGUACCUGGAGAGGAAGGAGCCGGAGAGCUGUUGCCUUGUCAAGGUGUCUCCCACCAUGCGGUCGGACGAGCUGGCCGACAUGGUGCUGGAGAUGAAGAGCAUGGAGGUGAAUGAGGCCGAGCUGUGGACGACGUUCGAGGCCAUCGAGAACGGCGAACUAGAACGUCCAUUACACUACAAAGAGAAAGUUCUGGAGCAGGUUCUCGAGUGGGGUUCUUUAGAAGACCCGAGCUCUGCCUUCUUGAUAAUAAAGAAAUUCGUUGGAGCCAAAAUGGCUGAUAUUCACAAAGAAUGUACAAAGGAGUUGAUUAGAGGGGAGAAUCUGAAAUUCAAGGACGGCUCUUCCAAACUGCUGUCAGGGCACAAGUUCCUGGAUAGAUACGUGAUUCUGCGGGAAGAAAGGCUAUGCCUUUACAAAGACAUGAAAAGUGCGAAGCCUGAGAAAGAGGUCCCAGUGAGCUCAGUGAGGUGUUACCUGGGGCUGAAGAGAAAGAUGAAACCACCGACGAGUUGGGGGUUUACAGUUUACAUGGAGAAACAGCAAUGGCACUUCUGCUGUGACAGUCGGGAGGCCCAGACGGAGUGGGUGACAGACAUUCUGAGGGCCAAGCAUGGAGGAGAGCUCUGGCCUAGAGACAGGAGCCAGCGGCCACCUGCAGUUCAGAAAAGCACCAGAGGGGGUGCUGUGGCACCAGUUCAGCGCAACACGCGAACGACAGAACCAAAGGUGAAAAAGGAGCAGACGGAGGUGAAGCCAGGCGGCUUGAGCCCGGGAACCUGCUCUGAGGACCAGCGUGGGGCGGCAUCCAGGAGCCCCUUCCUGCAGAAAAGCUCUCUGGUGGGGGAGUGCCUGAAAAACAGAGAGGCAUCCUUCUCCCCCAGUACGAGGCGGAAGGGGGCCCUCGCCACACCCGCGGGCACGCCCCCUCGCUGCCACUCCCCCCAGGGGCCCGGCAGGUCCCUGCAGAAGAAGGCCGUGUUGGGGCGUGAGGGACAGAUGCCUGCCAGCCUGCUACACGAGCUCAACUCGGUGCUUAGCAAGACUGGACGCAGCGCCAGAGAGGAGCAGGACUGAUGGAGAGAGAAAGAGAGAGAAGGAGAGAGGGAGAGAGAGAAAG